UAGGUCACACUCAGAAAUUGUAAAUUUCGAAUUUCGACGGUCGCAAUGAGUGGAGCUCUCGGAGAUGUGGUGUCCGAAUAUCUGGAGCGGGGGUUGGUGCUCGUGAUAGCGGACCUGCUGAGCCUGAUCACGGUCUCCUCCUGCCUGGUCAUCAAGGUGCCGCAGAUCAACACGAUCCGGGCGAACGAGUCCUCGAAAGGCAUUAGCGUUUUGGGACUGUGCCUGGAGCUGUUCAGCUAUACCGUGAUGCUGUCCUACAACUACACCAGUGGCUAUGAUUUCCUCUCGUACAUGGAGUAUCCUGUCCUGCUGCUGCAGGAGUACGCCCUGAUUUACUAUGCCUUCAAGUACCAGGAUCUGCUGGGCAAGAGGACUCAGCUGGUGGCCGUGUUUUACAGCAUAGUGGCCACCCUCAUCUACCUGAAGCUCUUCCCCGUUAUCAUCCUUACGUUCCUGGUGCCAUUCUGCACGCCCAUCGGAGCCACGAGCAAGGUCCUCCAGCUGCUGGCAAUCCUAAGGACCAAAGAUGCCAGUUCCGUCAGUAGAACCACAUGGGCGCUCUCCGCCUUCACAAACAUGACUCGAAUAUACACGGUAUUCUUCCAAUCCCACGACUGGAUGUUGCUGUCCAACUUCCUGAUUUCGACGUUCCUUAGUGCCUCGGUCUUCGCCGCCGCCUGUUUCUACAAGAAGAAGGCCAAGGCGGAGUAAUUGGUCACCCUGAUAGGAAGAGCUCAACAUAGACAAACACUGCGCUGCCUGGAAGUGCUUAUCAGUCAUUGUUUUAAUUCGAUUUGCUUAUCUGUUUAAAUUGAUAUUAGAAAUACUAGUUUAAA